GCCAGUAUCACAAUUGUAAAUUACAAGAUAGUAACUCGUGGUAUUCUAGUUCAUGUCCUAGUUCCCAUCUAGUAACAUUAAUUAACGCAAAAAUAGAUUGGCAUACAGGUCUUAAAGACA